AUGAACUCACGGGUGUAUUGGCAGCUGAUACUUUUCCUCUGUGCCACCUCCUUCGGGGAGACCUCAGAAAAGCUGGCGCUUGGGGAGAAUCCCAGAUGCUCAGGCCUGCUGCCCCAACGCCGGGCGAUCCCGGGCUCUUGGGAGCAGAGCCCUCGCCGUGAGGAAGGGAGGGUGGCUCGUACUGGCCUGAGCCCCCGAGGAGCUUCACUGUGCCCGCCUCCAGAGCACCCCGCCUCGCCCCAGCACCCCGGGGUGUGCCCCCCAGGCAGCCGGCAGAUCCCCGCCCCCCGGAGCAAAGCAUUGGUGCAGCGGGAGAAGGACCUGCCCACGUACAAUUGGAAUUCUUUCGGCCUGCGCUAUGGCAAGCGGCAGGCAGCCGCCCCCGAAGCCAAGACUGGACCAGGGGGCCAGGGAUGCCAGGCCUUGAGCUCCAAACCCCGGAAGAGGGCUCCCAGCCUGUGGGGCUGA